GGAGGAAAGCACUCAUCAUUCGGAUGUGAUGUGGCACACAGCAAUGAAGUGAACGCAAUGGUGGAAUUUGCGAUGAAGGAGUAUAACGCCGUGCCUGAAAUAGUUGUGAAUUGCGCUGGUAUAAUUCGUGAUGCACCUCUGCUCGAUAUGACUGAACAACAAUUCGAUGAAGUUGUUGCUGUGAAUCUGAAAGGAGUUUAUUUGGUAACCCAAGCAUUUGCUAAGCUUGCAAUUAAACACAAGACUCAACAAUCAGUCAUCAAUAUCGCCUCAAUUCUGGGUAAAGUGGCAGCAUCCGCGUGGGCCAGAGAUGGAAUUCGUGUGAAUGCUGUUCUCCCAGGAUACAUCACCACACCGUUGACUGCUGCUAUUGAAGACAAGCUACUCAAAGCAGCAUGUGAAAAAAUUCCAAUGGGUCGUAUGGGUGAGCCGAAAGAAAUCGCAGAUGCGUGUGUCUUCCUUGCUUCCAACUGGUCAUCGUACGUUACCGGCUCAGCGAUGGAAGUGACUGGUGGUUUUGGCAUGUGA